AUGUUUAACGAAAGAUUAUCAGAUAUUCCUGAACCAUCUUCACGUCGAUUUACAUUCGAUGAACCAAUAAAAUAUAUUACCAAGAAAAAUGCGAUUACUUUUACUUUGUAUGGAUAUUGUAUUGAUGAUCAAUGUUCAACACCUUCUAUGCUUCACAGUUUUGAUAAAAUACCAUCUAGUUCGGAAAUUUCAUCAUCAAGUAAUGAUAAUAAAAAACGUUUAGACGUGCCUGAUGUAACCGAUACUGUCACUGAUACCACUAAAGAUAUUAUCGAUAAAGCUCCCAAACUUUUAGAAAAUUUAAAAGAUUCACUGAAUAGUUUUACACCUAAAAUUCCUUCCGUUAAUAUUUCCGGGAUUCAUUUGGAGGCUUGGAGUUUCUUAUUUUUGACAAUUGCCACAAUUACUUUAUUAGGAAAAUUUGGUAAAAAUAUUAUCAAUGGUACCUGUAAAUGUGUUUCUAGGGGAAUAAGGAAUAUUAAGGAUAAAAUAUCUAAAAGAAAUGAAAAGGAUGAUGAUGAAAAAGAAAUGGUUGAAGCUGUAUAA